AUGGUCAUCCAGGGAGACCAGCUUGUCCGUGCCUUAUUUGAUCCCUUGUCCAUGGGACUAGCAGCUGGUGCUGCAUUGGGUCUCUACAAAUUUGAUACUUUAAAAGAUAACACUUAUUGUCGCUUUGCUGAAUGUUGCAACGAACGCUCCAUACCAGCGGACAUUAAAGGUCUGCAAGAGGAUUUGGACAAGCAUUUGUUUGGCCAACACAUUGUCAAGCAACAGUUGAUACCCGCCUUAGAGGCUCACUUCAAGGAAAAGGAGCAUUCCAAAAAACCAUUAGUAAUUAGUUUUCAUGGUACCCCGGGAACGGGUAAGAAUUUUGUGGCCGAUAAAAUUGCCCAAAGAAUCUACGAAAAAGGAUCGAAAAGUAAAUUUGUACGCAAAUAUUUGGGCCGUGGUGAUUUUCCAUUGGAAUCGGAUGCCCAUUUGUAUAGUGCCCGUAUACUAAAGGAUGCUAAAGAGGCGAUUGCAGCAUGUCCACGUUCAUUGUUUAUAUUCGAUGAGGUGGAUAAAAUGCCACCAAUGGUCUUUGAAUCAUUGGCAUCUUUGAUUAAUUACAAUGCCUUGGUUAAUGGUGUGGACAGUACCCAGGCGAUAUUUAUUUUUCUUUCCAAUACUGCUGGUGUCCACAUAUCCGAUAAGUUGGGUAAGCUGAUCAAGAGUGGGACAUUGCGUGAUAAAACUCGUUUGAGUGAUUUUGAACAAAUUCUGGAAAAGGGAGCCUACAACUUGGAUGGAGGCUUAAAGAAGACCAGCCUCAUUGAAUCACAUUUAAUUGAUCAUUUUAUACCAUUUUUGCCUUUGGAAAAAUCGCAUGUUUACAAAUGUGCCCAGGCGGAGUUUGAAUUGUGGGGCAAAAAACCCAAGGAUGAAGUUGUGGAGCGAGUUGUAAACGACUACAUCACUUACGAUCGAGUCCAUGGCAUUUUUGCCACCUCAGGUUGUAAGAAACUGGGCAAAAAAGUGGCCGUAGAAGCUAUGUCGCCAGAUUUAUAAUAAUAAGAAGCAAUUGUUUUCUAUAGAUUA